AUGAAGAAGCAGCGGCGGCUGGGACGGCAGUAGCGGCGGGAGUCGAGGCUUGUAGCGGGGCUCGGAGCCGAGAGCGCGGCGCGGCCUAGAGCGGCAGGCGGUGCAGUGGGCCCAGGAGGAGGCGCGGCAGCCGCCCUGGCCCGUCAUGGAGAUGGAAAAGGAAUUCGAACAGAUCGACAAGGCUGGGAGCUGGGCGGCCAUUUACCAGGAUAUCCGACACGAAGCCAGUGAUUUCCCAUGUAGGGUGGCCAAGCUUCCUAAGAACAAAAACCGAAACAGGUACAGAGAUGUCAGUCCCUUUGACCACAGUCGGAUUAAACUACAUCAAGAAGAUAAUGACUACAUCAAUGCCAGUUUGAUAAAGAUGGAGGAAGCCCAAAGGAGUUACAUUCUUACGCAGGGCCCUUUGCCUAACACGUGCGGUCACUUCUGGGAGAUGGUGUGGGAGCAGAAAAGCAGGGGCGUUGUGAUGCUCAACAGAGUGAUGGAGAAAGGCUCGUUAAAAUGUGCACAGUACUGGCCACAAAAAGAAGAAAAAGAAAUGAUCUUUGAAGACACACAUUUGAAACUAACCUUGAUCUCUGAGGAUAUUAAGUCGUAUUACACAGUACGGCAGCUAGAAUUGGAAAAUCUUACGUCUCAAGAAACUCGAGAGAUCUUACAUUUCCACUAUACCACGUGGCCUGACUUUGGCGUCCCCGAAUCACCAGCUUCGUUCCUGAACUUUCUUUUCAAAGUCCGCGAGUCGGGGUCGCUCAGCACGGAGCACGGCCCCAUCGUGGUGCACUGUAGUGCCGGCAUCGGCAGGUCGGGGACCUUCUGUCUGGCUGACACCUGCCUUCUGCUGAUGGACAAGAGGAAAGAUCCUUCUUCUGUCGAUAUCAAGAAAGUUCUGUUAGAAAUGAGGAAAUUUCGGAUGGGACUGAUCCAGACAGCAGACCAGCUCCGCUUCUCCUACCUGGCUGUGAUCGAAGGUGCCAGAUUCAUCAUGGGGGACUCUUCGGUGCAGGAGCAGUGGAAGGAGCUCUCCCACGAGGACCUGGAGCCCCCGCCCGAACACGUCCCCCCUCCUCCCCGGCCGCCCAAACGAGUCUUGGAGCCACACAAUGGGAAGUGCAAGGAAUUCUUUCCAAACCACCAGUGGGUAAAGGACGAAACCGGGGAGGAUAAAGAAGACUGCCCCAUCAAGGAAGAAACCAGAACCCCCUCAAACGUCGCUUGCAGCGGGGAAAGCACCCGUCCAGACACUGAAGUCCGAAGGCGGGUCACAGGGGCAGGUCCUGCCCAGGGGGAGCCAUCACCGCCCAAGGAGGAGCAGCACCAGGCGCUGGCGCUCUGGAAGCCAUUCCUGGUCAACAUGUGCAUGGCCACAGUCCUCACGGCCGGCGCGUACCUCUGCUACAGGGUAUGUUUCCACUGACGGACGUGCCGGCAAGACCGCAUGUGCAGAAAGCCCGGCGUCCGCAGUCCGUGCUGCGGGAGCAUCUGAGCCAGUCUCAGAAGAAACAGAACAAAGGUUUUUAAAGUCUGGAACUGUGAAGGGCUAACGAGAGGAUUGAGGAUUGAUGCACUGGGGUUUUAAGGAGCCCUGUGGUCCCAAGAAUAUAAGAGUCUAAUCUCAGGGCCUUAACCUAUUCAGGAGUAAGUAGAGAAAAUGCCAAAUAUGUGUCUCUCUCUUUCUCUUUUUCUCUCUCUUUUUUUUUUGUUAUUGUUAUUUGUUUUUGAAAAAAAAUAAUAGAGUUACAACACAUUGUUGUUUUUAACCUUUAUAAAAAGCAGCUUUUGUUAUUUCUGGGGAAAAAAAAAAAA